CCCCCCCCUCCCUUUGUGUGCGUGUGUGUGUCCAAUAAAAGCGACGCUGACCGCCGAGGGGGGGCGCUCUCCCCGCCGGAAGAAGGAUACACCACCCGGCGCAGGACCACAACCGCGACACAACACACCGGCACCGCCGGAUGAAUUGACCGACCUUCGCGAGUCUCUCUCCCUCCCCUCCCCCCUUUAUUUUGUUUCUGUUUUUGUUGCGUCAACCAGCCACCGGCCGCCUCCUUCUUCGCGGGAUGGGGAACCUGGCUCUCGCCAUCGGUCUCUUCAGGAGUGAAGCAACCGCCUGCGACCAGGUCAACGGAGCCGGGUUCGUCGCCAAGAGCAUCAGCGAAAGCAUCACUUACUACUACGUCCCGCCGGCGAGGGCCGAGGAAAGAACACCGCGUGCUGCCAAAGUCUGCCAGACACGCACUGCACUCUGCCUCACCCCAGGCCCAAGUGACUCGGCGAUGACAAGCGGGGCCCCCCCCUCCGCGGAUCCUUCCUCCUCCUCCUCCCCUUUGCCGUCCGAAUCCCCAUCACGCGCACCCGCCUCCACCCCCGGAAACCCAGCGGACUCCCCGCCCACCGCGCGGCCCCUCCUGCUCUUCUUCUCCUGGCUCGGCGCCCGGCGGGCGGCGGUGGGCAAGUACAGGGACCUCUACCUGGACCGCGGCAUGGACGUCCUCCUGGUCCAGAGCAACGUCAUGCACUUCCUGUGGCCUCGGUGGGGGCUCGACUACGGCUUGCAGGUGCUGGAGGUCCUGGAGCGGCCUCGGUUCUCCGGGAGGCCCGUGGUGAUCCACGCCGCCUCCAUCGGCGGCUUCACUUUCACCCAGACCCUCACCCACGCCGCUGCGGGGCGGAAGGAGCACGCGGGCCUGGCUCAGAGGGUGAGGGGGCACAUCUACGACAGCUUGGUGGUCGGCACGCUGGAGCACAUGGCGAUAGGCCUCGGCAAGACUCUGGUUCCACGGUUAGAGAGCCUGGUCAAAAACGCCGCCAUGCUUUACUUCUGGCUCUUCAAGACGCACACGGCGGACUUCUACAACACCAGCAUCCAGGUCUUCCACGACAGCCCGAUAACGGCGCCGGCCCUCUUCUUCUUCUGCGAGAACGACGCCCUGUGCAGCCCGGCCGACAUGGAACACUUGAUCGACCACUGGAGGAGGAGGGGCGUGACGGUGGAGAGCAGGAAGUGGAAGGAGUCGAAGCACGCCGCCCACAUGCGGUGCCACCCAGAAGAGUACCUGUCCACGCUGGAGAAGUACUUGAACUCCCUGGCCCUUUCCUCCCUCAAAGCAAAGAUUUCAAAUGUGGGAGGCUUACAUGUUUAGUUUGAGAGAUCUAUUGCGACGCCGUGAGGUCAAUUCCCCCGGCAUGUUUUUGUUGUUUUGUUAUGUUUUGUCUUUCAGCUGUAGCAUGAUUUAAUGGUGUAAUUUAACAAAGUAUAGCUCUUUGUAAGAAUCAAUUACUCAAUUGUUUGACUUUGCUGUUACAACGUUACAUUUGAAGCGAUCUGCACUAUUUACUGGAUUACUUUGGACCUGUGUGAUGCUUUCACUGCACAGUGUUCUGCAUUGUAUUGCUGCUGCACUUUAUUACCAGAUCUGGUCGAUGCACAACAUGUGGAAUAAAAUCAUUAGAGCUGUGAUUUCAAUUUUA